AAUGAAUUGUUUAAAUAUUUUAGGUGUUUAGAUAAAUUUGGGCGAAGAAUCAUUCGUGAAGGCGUCACCUAGCCCUCUACAACACACUCACAUGUUUAGGGAAGAGCCGGAAAUGAUAUACGAAAUUAGCAGAGUUUGAUUCUGCGACACAACAAAUCGCCACUAUUAGUUUAAACGCAUUUCAAAAUCGAGCGUUGUGGUGACGUGGUUUACUUUUCACUACCGGUGUUUUCUUUCAUUUAAAUAGCUGUAAAUUGUUGUUUUGUAGUUUUAAAUUAUGUUGGGAAAGUAUUUGUUGCUGUUCAGCAUUGCACUGCUCGCUACACUUCCUGCGCAUGGUUAUAGUUUCACUUCCAAAGAGGUCAAGUGCCAUGUGUGUAAGGCAACAGUGCAGGAAUUGGAGGAUGCUAUUGCAAAAGAGGACGCGCAUAAGAUGGUCGAUGUGAGUGGCUUCCGCUUGGACGCACAUGGUAAUUCAAUUAGCAAACGUGUUCGCUUCGUUAAGUCCGAAAUGUUUUUGACUGAGCUAAUGGAGAAGAUCUGUGAAAAAAUGGAGGAUUAUCUGAAGGCCACCUACAAAAGCAAUGGAAAGUUUACGCUUCUAAAAAUGAUAGUGAACGGUAAAAUGAAUCCAGAGUCUUCGCUAGUCGACUUCGUACAGGAUGGUGACCUAAACAAGAGUUUGGGCCACUUUUGUCUGGAGGUACUCGAAGACAACGAGGACGCUUUCCUAAAAGAAUUCCAAGCUGAGGAUGUCGGUAAUGAUUUGGAUAUAAAAAUCUGCUCGGAGCAGGCCAAGUACUGUGAGGAUGGGCCUGUACAGGAAGAAUACGAGUUCGACGAGAAAGACGAACUGUGAUUUCAUAGCCAAAUCUACCCAACGAAUUCCUAUAACCAUCAUUGUUAUAAUAGCGUCAAGAAUUGCCUAUAAUGGCUUAGACCUAU